CCAUCCAUGAUCCCCUCUCUCCCCCAAGACCAACAAUUCCAAGUCCUCGACACUCUCUUCGAGUCCUCUCCCGAGAUCCACACUCUCAUGGCCCCCGUACUAGCCAACCAGCCUUUCCCAACAUACGAUCUCCUCAUUGAUGCCGUAGGCGGACGCAUGUCUGCUCUAUCCGCGGCCAACUCGCCCACCGAUCGAACCAUCCUCACGGGAAUCCUGGGAUCGCAUCCGCGUCUGGGACGACCAAAGGUGAACCCGGAACAUCUAAGCGAGUUGAGUCAAAAGGAACAGGCGAAUCUGAAUGUUGGGGCCGAGGAACAGGCGGAGAAGUUGAGGGUGUUGAAUGCUGAGUAUGAGGAGAGGUUUCCGGGGUUGAGAUUUGUGACGUUUGUCAAUGGCCGGAAUAGAGAGGUUAUCAUGGACGAGAUGCGAAUGAGGAUUAAUAGAGGGGAUGCUGAGCAGGAGAUUAUAGAGACAAUCAAGGCAAUGUGCGAUAUUGCCAAAGACCGGGCAAGCAAGCUACUGCAAUAGAUCUACCCAUUACGCCAUAGACAUAUAGACUGUAUGAAUGAAUCAAUCUCCACACUCCACGCGCAUUGAUCAGAGAAUGGCCUGCUUCGACGGCUAAUCUAGUCGUUGGUGCCCAGAUCGUGGCUAUGCAAGAACGUGUGGGGUGUUCUAGAAGAAUGGAAUAGACUAAUCUUCUGUAUAAACUUCUCAUAGCAUCAAAAAUGAUUAUUACUAUCCUAACCGUUAC